AUGAUGGGUCUAUUCCACAACAUCUCGUACUUCAACGAGGACAUCUCAACCUGGGACACCGGCGCCGUCACCGACAUGGAGUCCAUGUUUUACGACGCUGUGUCCUUCAAUCAAGAUUUGCCGUGGGACACGUCGAGCGUCGAGACCUUCAAGCAGAUGUUUGCACAGGCGGUGGCCUUCAACGGCGACAUCUCCACGUGGGACGACAUCAGCACGUGGGACAUGUCCAACGUGCGCACCACGUCCGCCAUGUUCUCGGGCGCCUUCGCCUUCAACCAGGACAUCAGCACGUGGGACGUACACAACGUCAGGGACAUGACCUCGAUGUUCUUUGCCUCGCCCUUCAACCAGGACAUCACCGGCUGGAACGUCUCCAACGUCGAGUUCAUGAAUGCCAUGUUCGCGUCUUCCAACUUCAACCGCACUGCGUACCCGCUCGAGACGACGGGCGAGUGGGCCGAGCGGCUCAACACGACGGCCGUCGUAAACGCCACUUGCCCGCCGCAGCCGCCCGAUGACUUUUGGGUCAUCAGCGGCCUCGGAGCCAACCAGCAGCUGUACUGCGGACACUCGUGCUGUCCAUUGACCGGUGCUCUGAGACCACCGUAG